AUGGAUCCUAAGCCGUUAGCGGAACCCAUCCACAUGGGCGAGCUUGUGAGUAUUCUGGGACUUCGGGAAAUAAACACUCCAGCGAACGGCAAUUGUUUGGCGAUAGCUCUUGCUCAAGCGGUGGCUGAGUCUGCCUUGACCGCCCCUACCAAGGACCAGGAGCUUCUCACGGCUUGCAUUAAACGAGGUAUCACGUGUACAGGACUCUUGAACUUGGAAGAUCAGGUCCCUCACGACUUGCGGGUGCAGGCACUUAAGAACGUGGGCCGUGGGUGGGCGUCGAUGACGCGCACAGAGUCGGCUUCUCAAUUCCGCUGGUUUUUGACGGACUUCGCGGCCACCCCAUCGGGGCGAACUUCGCAUAGAGACAUCUUUGUCGUUCAACGCGAAGAAGCCACCCCUCAGUGGCGUUGCCGCAAGUAUCACCCCGUUUCGAUGACUGUACGGGGACGGGCGGUGGCUUCUGUAAAAGAGUACCCCCUUUCUAUUAUGGCGUGUAUCGACGAGCUGCAGGCUACCAAAGUCGGGGCGAGUCAGGCUCUACCGUUAGUGUUGCGGUUUGGCGGCAGCCACUACUCGGCAUUUCUCCAUUCAGCGGGAGUGGCCGAUCCGUUAAACCUUACCGAUACCCAGGACGGGCCGAGUGCGUCGACUCAGGAUCCGGUCCACUCCUUCGGGGACACUAGAGCCACAGCGUUGGUACCAUUGGAGGAGAAAAGCGCUUCAGCACUGCCCUCAGACGACAAACUCCUUCCUGACAGCGGUGACCGGACGUCGAUCGUCCUUUACGACGCUGGAGACGCGGUCGCUCGAACCUCGGCACAACCCUCUGGUCAAUUGGCUUUAACUUCUACUUCGAGCAGCUGUCGCGAACGCGGGAUGGCCUCUGCGGCGCGGAAACGGGGCCACGGCGGCUCUCCCCCGCUCCUGGCGGCGUCUGCGGAUCCAGGUGCUGUCGUUCCGAUCGGCUCUCGCCACAAGAAAGGUCGGGUUCGUUCAGCCCUUCGGAAAUCUUCACUAGACGCGCCGGACGACAGAAUCGAUCGGGACGAAUGGCCAGAGCUCUGGAGUUAUCUGGGAGCCGAAUGGCCGCCGUCAGCAGCAACUCCGUAUCCUCUAGUAUAUGGAGACUCCAACGGGUGGGAGGCUACGGCUCGUUUGGAGCCGGAAUUGUUACUACAUCACUUGCGCCGCUUCGUCUUUCCAGACGAAGUACUUGCUAGCUUGUCCGACACAGUUUUUGUACAGUGGACGGCGCUGUGGCGCCAGGAGUGCUUAUUAUCCGGGCUCCUAGAAUUCCGACAGCGAGUGACAGAGCUACCCACGGGUGUUUGGCUCGACCAAUGGAUUGCUCGAUCGCAGCAGCGCCUUUCGCCGUCUCUGCUGGCCCCUCUGAUUGACAAUUCCGACGAUUGGAGAAAGUUGCGAGGGAUUAACUAUGCGGGGGACGACAUUUUACGAUUGUGUGACCCGCACAGACGCGUCCGAAUGAGUCACCACCUCAUGUGUGCCAUCGUGUUCGACAACGAGAUUUUUGCUCUGACGGGGACUGGCGGAAAGCCAAGCAGAGGUUCCUCCUCGAGUACUAAGGGCAGCUUACAGCAGAAUUUCGUCUUCAGCCCCGAAGUUCCUUUCUUUGAGGAAGCUGACGCCUACAGCCGGCAUCGCAAACUUCACGACUGGUCUCCGUCCUGGACUUCAGCAGUUGAUCCACUGGAUUCUCGGGGUGGGGACAGGCUCUUUAUUUCUCAAAACGUGAGGGGCUUCAAGGCUAGCGCUCGGGAAGGGUGGUUGUCGGCGUGGCGUAGUGCGCCUCAGAUCCGUCGCCCGCAGGCUUGGUGUAUUCAGGAGACGCAUGUACAUACUGACGAAGAGGCGGGUAGGCUGAGUUCCAGGUGGGCUCAGUUAUGGGGUCAACACUUGAUCCUGACGCUCCUCCUCUAUCGUUCUGGAGUAUUGGCUCUUCUAGCCGUGCUGGUGUUGCCAUUCUUCUUACCCCCUCAUUCUGCUCGUACAGCUUCGGCCUGGGAACCGGAACGCUGGUCACCCCGGGCGAUCGCAAUUUCCAUUGGGGAGGAUGUUCUGAUCAAUGUGUACGCACCUACACUGCGAGGUGAACGGGAAGACUUCUUUACUUCCCUUCUCAGCUGGAAUUUGAUGGCCUCCAACACUAUUAUGGCGGGCGACUUUAACUGCGUCCAGUGCCCUCUCCUCGAUCGGUACGGCAGUUACCGAUCGCACCGAUCGGAAAGCCCUGCCCUGGACGCGGCAGUUGCGACACUGGGCUUGGCGGAUGCGAGAGAUCUUCGGGAUCAUGCGGAUGACGAGGGCACUGGCGAUCCUACUGAUCAUUUCACUUACUGGAAUGGGGACCGUGCCAGUCGCAUCGAUCGUUUCUAUGUGCCUGAGGGGUGGGUAGGUCGCGUGCUGUGGAUUGAAGCGCGGGUGCCAUCCAAUCAGUCGGACCAUCAGGAGGUUGUGCUACACCUACGUGACCUGAACAAACCUCGUUCGUCAUGCCGGCAUGGGCGUGUAACAUAUCCGAUUCAUUCAUCGAACCCUGGCAGGAUCGUUGACGAACUCGUCGCGGAAAUGGACGGAAGGGCUAUAGGUCAGAGCGUUUCUACCCUCACUUGGGACGCGGAUGUCACAGAGUGUCAACAGUGCGUUCGACGCAUCCGGAAGCGGGUCAAACAGCGCAGAGCGCGAUUUCGUCGGAAGAUUCAGGGCAGAGCUCGGCGACCUCUCCUGACCCGGCCGCAAUUUAUCUCCUGCAAUAUGGAGGAAUUACGGCAGGAACAUCUGGUGCGACUGGGCCAGAAGCUCGCCAGGACGGCUGACCAGUUGCGCUAUUUUUACAAGCGGGUUGCCGACUGGGAACGCAAUCAAACAGUCACAACAAUUUCGCGCAUCCACGGCCCGCAUUUUACCCGGGAUAUGACUAAUGCGGAUAAAUUUGCCUCCGAAUGGUCUACAGUCCUUGGCAAAGUUCAUUGCCAGGAGGAGAGAGUGGACUUGCCGUCAGCCAUUCGCCGUUUUGUCAAUCUACCCACAGACCGAGUCUUGUCUUCUGCCGACAACCGGGCUCUCUUGGCUGAUUUUUCGGAAGCGGAAGUCCUUGCAGCCGUUUCUGGGCUCAGUCGACAUAAGUCGGCGGGACUGGACGGGCUCAACAACGAUUUUUACAAGGAUACGUCUGCACUUCUUGUCCCCGCCCUGGUCCAGCUCAGCAAUCAAAUUUUGGCUGGAGCUGAUCCCCCCGCCUUCAUUUCUCGAAGCUUUGAUCAUACCCUUGCGAAAAAGGGAGACUCGGCGGAUGCGAUGGAUUACAGACCGAUUUCUCUACUCCAAACCAGCUACAAGAUCUUUGCGAAAGUGCUGGCAACACGACUGCAACGCGUAUUACCAAAAGUCAUUGGUGACUCGCAGCAAGGCUUCGUACACGGACGCCAGAUGUCUAAACUAGUGUUGAUGAUGCUCGCUCAACUGGCGACAGCAACAUCGGAUACAACUACAUCCGCCGACGACAGCCGAGUGAUCCUCCUACUGGAUUUCCGCAAGGCUUAUGACACGGUCGAUCGCGAAUUCCUGUAUGAGGCUCUUCGCCAAUUUGGUUUCGCGGAAAGGUAUGUUCAGCUUAUAACUCGUCUACAUACUGGUACUUCGGCCGCGUUCCUUGUAAAUGGGGAACAGUCUCGUCCCAUCUCCGUCGUUUCCGGUAUCCGGCAAGGCUGUCCACUCGCCCCUUUGCUUUUUCUCGUCGUGGUGGAGAUAUUGGGCGUUGCGGUACAGCAAUCACCAGAUUUGUCUGGGCUUCCUGUCCCUGGACGACAUCCGGCAACGCACGUUUUCUCGGCAUUUGUGGAUGACUCGACGAUCUUUCUCGAGAAGGCCAGUCAGCUAGAGCCAGCGAUAGCUCUUCUCUCUCAAUUUGGGACCCUAUCAGGGCUAGUUGCCCAACCCUCCAAGAGUCAGAUCAUUUGUCUUAAUCGGGCUGUGCACGUAGCCGAUAUGCGGGGCAUUCCGGUCCUUCAACAUGCGGACACGGUGCGAUACCUGGGCUAUCAAGUAGGACUGAGACCCUUACACAAUUGCAACUGGGCGCUUCGUAUCCGGAAGCUUCAACGGAGGCUAAUGACAGCUUCCAGGGUGGCGACCAGUGUGGCGAAUCGGGUGUUGAUCCUCAACUCCAUCAUUCUCCCGUCUGUUCUGUUCACGGCGGCGGCAGGGGGGAUUGGGUUGGCCUCUUUGGAGGUGGCUAUUAAAACGCAGCGUACCAAGCACGCUUUACAGUGGCUCACACAAGCUCAGGACAAGUAUUUUGGAGCCUGGAGUGCGUGGGCUUAUCAAGGCCGGCCGACAAAUUCGAGUCUGGUUCUCCAUUGCAGGACGCAGGCAGCUGGGGCUGCAUCGUGUGUCGGGGCACCGUCCCCAAAUUCAUGGGUACCGGACGUUGACAAGCUUCUACACCCUACGGUAGAGCAAGCCACCAUUCUCAGCGAGCGGGUACGAACGUACUACCACCCCAUCCUCCACGGCGCCAGUAGCUGGUGGGAGGAGGAGGAAUGGGUGCUGUCGUAUCAUCACCCUUUCCCGGCUGGGUUACCUGCGCUCGAUCCUCAACAGUGUGCGAUUCAUCGCUUUUGGGGGACACUAGGCUGGAGUAAUAACCCGUGGAUCCAGGACGGCAAUGGCCUCUCGUUAAAAUCCGCUACCUAUGACAGGAUCGCCAUCUGCCCCAUCUCGGACCUGCACAUUCGGCGAACAGGGCCAACUGAAUUUAUUUUUCGCAUUAAGCCGGUUGGACCCCGAUCUUUUCACCACUCGCAGCCUAAACUCCGUCGGUGGGCGACGGCAAUCUUGCUGGCAUCCCCUACGUUCCCCAUUGGGGGCGAAUUAGCGCUCGAACCUGAGCUGGUUCUUCGCCAUGCACCACCUUUUCGACAUGAAUGGACCUGGGCCUCGGUCCAACAAGGUCGAGUGGUCGGGAGGCGAGAGGGGUACUUGGAAGUCGCUGACCAGCCUGUUGAACUGCAGCAGAGUGCGGAUGGAAUUCGCUGGUUUUUCACCACUCACCUACCAGAGUUAUCUACUAAUUCGGACGAGGACAGAUCCGUUUGGGCCCUACGCUUGCGUCGUCACGGCGUCGUGUUUUACUCCCAUCCCGGGCAUCAUGGCUUUCCUUGGGCCGUCGCCGAGUCGGUCGCGAACUUAGCUAUACGAAAAGCUAUUUCACGCCUGGCGUUCACGUUUCACAAAAGACUUCUUGCAGUCGCAUUGCGACCGCUGGUGCGGCGUCUGGAGGCCGUCUGUGACUUCGAUCAGUGGCAGCGGGCUGCCGCAAACCAAGACCCGGCACACGUUUGGAAGCAUGACAAUGGCCUUUCCGACCAUCAGGUCUGGACGUGUUACCGUAUAGCCACCAAGCAACUCAACUUGUACCAUGCCGGCCGUCCGGCGGACAAUAGUUGCCGGGCGUUAUUGGCGUGUCACGGUUGCAAAGAAACGCCGGCUCACAUCUUUUGGGACUGCCCCAAGGCGCGCGCGUGCUGGGGUCAACUCAUUACCCAUUGGACAGGUGAACGGGCUGGGAGGCCGUGGGAAGAGCGUUGGUUCGUCGGGAGUGUGAAUCGUCACGCGCCGGAGAUACCGUCCAAGCAGCGUCUUCGGAUUUACCAUAUGCUCCCGGAGGACUUAGAGGCUGGUGUCGCGGUUUGGAAGCGUCUCUGGUUUAUUAUGAGCAGCAUUUGUCUGACUCACUUAUGGAAUGAGCGGAACGACGCGGUUUUUCGAGGAGUGCAGUCGACGCCUCUCCACAGCGCCGCGCGUUUUUGGGCGCUGGGAAUUCGACAUCUUACCGCGUUAGCAAAACGCGAACAUCGCGGUCCCGCCACAGCUGUCACCGGGGCUAUCAUGCAUACCUGUAUCGACCUCUUUAUUCUCGAACCUCGGGAUAAGCCGAUACCUUUAGGUGACAGCCACGACAAGCUACCAGUUCCGGAGCUAUUGUCCUGGCUUAGAAGUUUUCAGACAUCUUUAGCAUAA